AACGUGUUGAAUGUUCUUUGUAGGUCAUGAUGAAUGARACAGCACAGCAGAACAUGGAAAACCACCCAGUGAUCCGGACUCUGUAUGAUCACGUGGAUGAAGUGACAUGUUUAGCUUUCCAUCCUACAGAACAGAUCCUGGCAUCGGGGUCMAGGGACUACACACUGAAACUGUUUGAUUAUUCAAAACCUUCUGCCAAAAGAGCCUUCAAAUACAUCCAGGAAGCUGAGAUGUUACGCUCCAUUUCUUUCCACCCUUCUGGAGAUUUCAUCCUGGUGGGCACCCAGCACCCAACCCUACGCCUGUACGACAUCAACACCUUCCAGUGCUUCGUGUCRUGCAACCCCCAGGACCAGCACACAGAUGCCAUCUGCUCUGUCAACUACAAUGCCAGUGCCAACAUGUAUGUGACAGGCAGCAAGGAUGGCUGCAUCAAACUCUGGGAUGGGGUCUCCAACCGCUGCAUCACCACCUUUGAGAAGGCACACGACGGAGCUGAAGUCUGUUCUGCUAUUUUUUCCAAAAAUUCCAAAUAUAUCUUGUCCAGUGGGAAAGACUCUGUAGCUAAACUGUGGGAGAUAUCCACUGGUCGGACGCUGGUUAAAUACACAGGUGCUGGUUUGAGUGGACGCCAGGUACACAGGACACAGGCUGUCUUCAACCACACAGAGGAUUAUGUGCUGCUUCCAGACGAAAGGACCAUAAGCCUGUGCUGCUGGGAUUCCAGAACUGCUGAGCGCAGGAACCUCCUGUCCCUGGGCCACAACAGCAUCGUGCGCUGCAUCGUCCACUCUCCCACCAACCCCGGCUUCAUGACCUGCAGUGAUGAYUACAGGGCCAGGUUCUGGUACAGGAGAUCCACCACAGACUGAGCAGCUUCCCCUGAGCAGCAGGGAUUUGGCAGCUCCUGCAGCACUGUGGGGUUGUACUGCCCACAGCUGCCUCCACGCUGGGCCCGGCUUUGCUUCUGUCACACGUGGCAGGAAAAGAACAAAAUAUCGAGACUCUUCACCCCACACUAAUUUUUUUUAUUAGUGUGCGUGGUUUAAUUUUUGUAAUUAAACAAUUGUACUGAAGGGAGAGGGGGUGGAGAAUAAAAGGAUCCUGGCAGGAAGGGCUAAGCUUGUUCUGCCUUGUAGAAUCACACAAAGCAUAAAGGGACUGUGUCUUGCUCAAAGGGGCAGGAGGAGCCAGUUCUGCUCCGUGUGGUGUCUGUGCAAUCCCACUGAACUCUGGWAGAGAACACAUUGCACAAAGAGCAGCACAACUCAGUAGAUACUUUAAUGAAGCCUUAAGCUGCCUUCAGCCAAGUUCAUUAUUUGUAAAGCUCUGGUUUGUAUCUUUUAGUCUGGGGUUUUGGUGARUUCUUUUUUGUGUUUUUUGUUCAUUGGCCAAGUGGGCCUUCAGUUCUGAGUUGUGCCAUAAGAAUUCAAGCWGAAUUUUAUAUUUCAGUGAAUUCAAGAAAUGGUCUCCUAGUUCUGGUGUUAGAACUCAGACUUCAUCUCAUCUUUUGAAUUUAUCUUAACARGUGGGACCUCAAAAAGAAUUCCUAAUAGUGUUAAGGAAUAUCCACAUUGCAACUAAAACAUGACAGUGCUGCUGCAGGUGAAAAUAAGAAUAAUUUUGCCUUAGAGACCUUUAGUAUCCUCUGAAAGAAAGCAACUUGUGCAUCUGGAUUUUUGUGUAUGUACCUCAGAAAUGUUGAGAAAUCAUCUGUCUGUUACACAGCACUUGAAUUCCAUUCUUCUUUAAUUAUUCACAAACCCAGUGGCCAUCAUUAAGGAGCUCUGCUUAAAAUUUCUCUAAGUUUGAAAAUUCACUACUUCUCCCAAGAGAUCUGCCUGAGCAGAGGCUUAAAUUUGUUCUUUGAGGCCUCCUUGUGCAGARCUCUUGGACAUCACACUGGGAGGCUCCUGUGGUCAGAGCUCAGCACUUGCCUUGGUGAGGGUUUUUAAAUGUGAGCUGGUUCUUGCUGCUGGAGGAUCUUCCCAUUCCACUGAGGAAUUGUCAAGGGCUGAGGAGGGUACAGGUUUUGUCUGUAUUUAAAUAAAGAUUGCCUUUUGAAAAGCUCUUUGAUACAUUAAGAA